UGCACCGUCAUCUCCCGCCCCGCCGAGGCCCGACCCGUGAGCGGGGCCGCCCGUAGCGGACCGGACUCGGAGCCCCGCUCCUCCCGGCUGGGGGCGGGAAGGGAAACAGGGCGGAACCAGCCUCACCACCCGCAGCCGCGCACGAAGGUGGUCUGCGAGCCCCGCCCCGCCCCGCCGCAGGACUCGGCCGGCCGCUCGAGCGCUGGGCGCUGGGCGCUGGGGAGCCCGGACGAUGGGCAACGCGCAGGAGAGGCCGUCGGAGACCAUCGACCGCGAGCGGAAGCGCCUGGUGGAGACGCUGCAGGCGGACUCGGGGCUGCUGCUGGACGCGCUGCUGGCGCGGGGCGUGCUCAACGGGCCCGAGUACGAGGCGUUGGACGCCCUGCCGGACGCCGAGCGCAGGGUGCGCCGCCUGCUUCUGCUGGUGCAGAGCAAGGGCGAGGCCGCCUGCCAGGAGCUGCUGCGCUGUGCCCAGCAAACCGCGCGCGCGCCCGACCCGGCCUGGGACUGGCAGCACGUGGGGCCCGGCUACCGGGACCGCAGCUAUGACCCCCCGUGCCCCGGCCACUGGACGCCUGAGGCACCUGGUUCCGGCAGCCUAUGCCCUGGGCUACCUGGAGCUUCAGACCACGAUGAGGCUGGGGGUCCUGAAGGAUCGGAGGCCGUGCAAUCCGGGACCCCAGAGGAGCCAGAGCCAGAAGCUGAAGGGGCUGAACAGGAUCUGGAGCCAGAACCAGAGGCAGAACCAGAGCCAGAACUGGAACCAGAGCCGGAGCCGGAGCCGGAGCCCGAGCCCGAGCCGGAGGCUGAUGAGUCUGAAGAUUCCUGAAGGCCAGAGCUUUCCCCACCCAGGCCUGUGCUGGAUGGGGCCGGAUGGAAUGCCUGCCCCCAAGGCUGGCCUAACACAGCUACAAGUGAAUAAACUCCAGACAGUCGGCCUGGCCUGGGCUCUCCCCACAACUGUGCUGUUUGCCCAGGCACUGAGGGCAGGUGGCAUGCAGCCCUGAGUCCCGGGAUCUGGACAGUCUGUGCCCCACCUCCUCAUGGCCCAUGUCACAGCUCCAUUCUUCCCGCAAACUCUUCCCCUCAGGAGCCGGGGAGCCCACCAGGUCCGCGCCAUGGAAGCCCUGGGCCAGGUGUAGAGAACCCGGGAAGGGGGACUUCUGUCCAUUUAGAGAGGCUCAGCUCACAGCCUUUGGCAGUGAAAUCAGAAGAGGUGGACAGCAAGGAACCUGGAGUUAGACAGAGGCCGCACGCACCAUUGUAACUGCUGUUUAAUGGUUUUAAUGGUUUCCCUCUGAAAUGGGAGCUGGGAGAGGUUCUAACGGGUAACUGGUAAACAGCGCUCUGUACAUAUUGCUUAACUAAAUGAAUGAGGACUUUCCAGUUGUGUGUCUGCAUUGUACAGAUGGGAAAAUUAAAGCCAAGAGUAGGAGCGAGGCUGG